GAAAAAAGUUGGUUUCCUAACAUUACUCUUUGAAUUGCUAUUUGGACCAGAGUAACAAAAUGUUUACAAAUUGUGGUUUUCGUUUUCUUUUUCCUUUUUUUAUUGGAAGUAAUUAAAGCAAAGGAAGAGAAUUACUGCACCUUGUUAAAAAAAUUACUGCACCUUGUUAAGGCUCUUGGAAAAUCAUUAACAUGGUCAAUGUGUGGCUUUCCUCCAUGUGUCAGUGUCAAUGUAUGAUACAUGGGUCGUAUGUAGCCAGCCUAGCUAUCAAACACUAGGGGCAUUAUAUAUAUACAUAUUAUCAACCAUAAACCACUAAAAUAAUAACUUUUUUUAAGUACCAAAAGUCAAUCACUAUUUGGUAAGGGUUAACGUUCUUUCGAACAUAUCUAAAUUUUUUAAAUAAAGAAAGGAAAAGAAGAAAGUAAACUGAUAAAGUAUGGAACGUGGAGGAUAUGGUCAUAUUUAUAUAAUUCAGGUGGUGUGGCGAUAUACUGCAGAUCAUUAGGUCAUUAGGAAAAAAAGAAAUGGCAGAAAUUGCAGUAUCUUUUGUCCUUGAUCAACUGUUUCCAUUGCUGAGAGAUAAAGCAAGAACUCUCCAAGGUGCCCACAAAGAGUUUGAAGACGUGAAAGAUGAACUAGAGAGCAUAUGCGCCUUCCUCAAGGAUGCAGACACAAGGGCUGCAAAAGACAACAAUGCCCUUGACGACGAUGGGAUCAAAUCAUGGGUGAGGCAGUUAAGAGAAGCGGCUUUCCAGAUAGAAGAUCUAGUUGAUGAGUAUCUGAUCUACCAACAGCAGUGGCCAAGUCAUUCUGGCGUUGCAGCCUCUCUAUGCAAGGCUGCUAGCUUGAUCAAGAAUCUGAAGCGUCGCCAUCGACUAGCCUCCGAUGCACAAGACAUCAAAUCACGUGUUCGCGGGAUCAAGGAAAGAAGCGAAAGAUAUGGCUUCCAUUGCAGCUCAAGAGAGAGCCAUAGUGCGAAGUCCCAUGACACUCGAAUGGCCUCCCUUUUCAUGGAGGAAGCUGAGGUUGUGGGAGUUGAAGCCACGAGAGAUGAACUGGUUGGUUGGUUAGUUGAAGGGACAACAGACAGAACAGUUAUUUCAGUUGUGGGAAUGGGAGGGUUGGGAAAAACCACUCUCGCCAAGAAGGUUUAUGACGACACUAAUGUGACUGCGAAUUUUGAAUGUCGUGCUUGGAUCACAGUGUCUCAGUCUUACACAAUAGAAGGAUUGUUGAGGAACAUGCUAGACCAGUUUUACAAAGAAAGAAGAGAGGCUCCUGUUCCUGCUGCUGUAGAUCUUUCGAGAAUGGAUCAAGAGUCGUUGAUUGAAGAAGUGAGGAGUUACUUGCAACAAAAGAGGUAUGUGGUGGUGUUUGAUGAUAUAUGGAAUGUAAACUUUUGGGGUCAAAUUGAGUUUGCUGUGUAUGAUAAUAAGAAAGGAAGCAGGGUAAUGAUUACUACUAGGAGCAUGAAUGUUGCUGAGUUUUGUAGGAGAUCUUCCUUUGUUAAUAUACACAACUUGCGACCUUUAAGUCAAGAAAAAUCUUGGGAGCUAUUCUGCAAGAAGGCAUUUAGAUUCGACUUGGAUGGACGCUGUCCGGAGGAACUCGCAGAUAUCUCCUUCGAGAUUGUUAAGAAAUGCAAGGGAUUACCGCUAGCGAUCGUGGCAAUCGGCGGUCUUUUAUCUACAAAAGAAAAGAACGCAAUUCAAUGGAGAAAGUUGAGUGAAAAUCUGAGCUUGGAGUUUGAGAAAAAUCCCCAUUUGAGUGGGAUAACAAAGAUUCUAGCUCUUAGUUAUGAUGAUUUACCUUACAAUUUGAAGGCAUGCUUCUUGUACUUUGGAUUAUAUCCUGAAGACUAUUUAGUCAAUUCAGAGAGACUCAUUUGGCAGUGGAUAGCAGAGGGAUUUGUUAAACAUCAGAAGGGAAAAACUCUGGAACAAGUUGCAGAACAAUAUUUAACAGAAUUGAUCCACAGAAGUUUGGUCCAAGCCUCAAUUGAAGUUGAUGGCAAAGUUGAAAGUUGUCAAGUUCAUGAUUUAUUUCGUGACUUGAUUGUGAGAAAUAUGGAGGAUUUAAGUUUCGCUAGGUUUGUUACUAAAGAAGAUCAAUCACCCAUUGUUGGCAUAACUCGGCGCCUGGCGAUAGCAAAUAGUCCCGAUGAUUUCAUCAGAAGUUUAAGUUCAAGUACCCGGUCGCUGCAUGUUUUUAGAGUUGAAGAGUUGUCAGAAACCUUUGUGAAGAGCAUUGUCAAAAAGUGCAGGCUGCUGAGAGUACUAAAUUUCAGGGAUGCUCCACUUGGUCAAGUUCCUGAAAAUUUGGGAAAAUUGCUCCACUUGAGGUAUUUAAGCUUGCGCAACACAGACAUAAGAACUCUUCCAAAAUCCAUUGGCAAGCUGCAGAACUUAGAGACCUUGGAUCUAAGGCAAACACGCGUCCGAGAGAUACCGAAAGAGAUUAACAAGCUGAAAAAGCUUAGACAUCUCAUAGCAUACCAUCUAAACUUCAAAGUUGACUUUCGCAUGUCGUGGGAUUGGGAAAAGGGUGUUCAGAUGAAUGGUGCUGUUGGAAGCUUGACAUCACUGCAAACACUAUGUUUAGUGAAGGCAAAUCAUGGUGGAGUAGAGCUACUCUCCGAGCUAGGAAAGUUGAAGCAUUUGAGAUCAUUGGCCUUGAGUCACAUGAAGCGGGAAUAUGGAAGUGUGCUACAUGUCUCGAUACGUGAGAUGCAUCACUUGGAGACGCUAGAAAUAACUGCUAUAGACGAAAAUGAAGUCAUUGAUUUUCCUCUUGUGUCAUCUGUGCCUCAACUUCAGCAUCUACGCCUAAGGGGGAAGUUAGAGAAGUUACCAGAUGGUAUUCAACAGCUUUGGUAUCUGGUCAGGUUGUCCUUGUCAUACUCCAUGUUAGGUGAUGAUCCAUUGAAGGCGCUUCAAGAUAUGCCAAAUUUGAUGCACCUCUUGAUGUAUGAUGCUGCGUAUGAGGGCAAAAGCUUGCACUUUCGAGAAAAAAGGUUUCUAAAGUUGAAGGAACUGACACUCAAAAACUUGUUUGGUUUGAAUUCAAUUCUUAUUGAUAAAGGAUCCCUGCCUAAUCUCAAAAGGGUCAAUUUAGAAAAUAUCCCUCAAAUGAAGAAGGUUCCUUUUGGUAUUCGCCACCUAGUCAGUCUUGAAGAUCUAUAUUUUGUUGACAUGCAAAAUGAGCUUGUUGAAAGCAUUGAUCCUAUUGGAGGUCAACAGCACUGGAUCAUAGAGCAUGUUCCCAUAGUUUAUGUCAGACACAAAGUUGGUCCAAAGUUCGCUGUAUUUGACACUCGCGUUAUUCGUCAUUCAAGGCGCAGUUAAAUCGUUAAACUUCCAACUCUGGAAAUAGAAGAAAUUUCAGAUUCUCCACGAGGCCCCUUCACAACAAUGGCAUUGCUGCUCUUCUUAAAUGCUUUGGUGAGUGCGAAUUAAGCAUAUUUUCUGAGUUUAGCUCUUUAACCAAGGCACAUGAAAUCUCAAAAUGAAUGUAAUUGGCUGCAGAUAUUUUUAAGCUUUUUAAACUCUUGGCUUCAAUUAGUUUGUGAUUUUCGUACCCAUGUAUGGGAGUUUGUCUUUCAAGGAUUGUGAGGCAUCUUUUUCUGUUAAAAAUUGAAACAUUCUCUCUUUCAUUUUCAGGUAGUUACUUUGCUUUAUUUCA